UCUAUUCCCACAAUCUUAAUUUUUUUUCCAGCUUUGAAAGAGGACUACCAACACACAACAUAUGAGGGUUUUCAACUUCUGGUUUCUAGUUAAAAGUGAGACUUCAACUCUUCAUGUUGGAUAUCAGGUUCUGCUUAUUUGUAACUUUUAAUCCUUUCUAAUUUGAGUGUUUUUCACCCCCUGACUGUGCUGUGAGGUACAAUGGCUCUUGGAGUUCUUAAUUCGCAAGUGAAAAGUUCCCUGAGUGGGAGCGCAUUUUUUGACUGUGGUUCUAUAGAGGAACAGGAACCUCCACCUCCACUCCGUAGCUACCUUUGUUUGACGAUUUUCACCUGCUUUUGUCCUGCAUACCCCGUCAACAUUGUGGCCCUGGUCUUCUCUAUCAUGUCAAGGAACAGCUAUUACCAAGGUGACUAUGAUGGGUCGUGGCGGCUGGGCAGGAACGCACUCUAUGUUGCUGUUGCCUCCAUCAUCAUCGGCCUUCUCAUCAUCGCUACCACCUGCAUCGUUCAUUUCACCACUAUUGAUUUUUAGUGCUGUGGAAGUGGAGAGAGGGGGAGAAGAGAAAUAAGACACUUGAACAGACGACCAAUGUCGGAUGGGCUCAGGUGGUUGGUUCAUACUGUACCAUCUGCCUGUAAAAAGACUCCACUCAUGUUUACUUCGUCACUUCUUCUCAUGUCUACUGCUCUUUAUAUGGACAAUCAAAGACUAUAACAUCUGGUGAAUGUGUACAUUUCAGUGUUAAUGUUGAUCAUGCUUUCAAUUAAAAAGGCAGCUUUCUACAAACGUGUAUAGGGAAUCCAUGGUUUAAAGCACACUUUUGUUAAGCUGUGACCCCAAUAUAUUUACUAUUGUGUUUUUCUCAAAAUGUUGCUAGCACUACAAUGAUGAUAAUAAUCAAUCAACUUUAUCAGAAUACUUACUUUAUGCAUAACAAUAACAAGUCUGUCAACAAGAGGACUUGAUAAAUGAUCUUGCAAAAAAGAAACAAUAAUAACACUAUUUCUUAAUACUCUUAUGUUCUUAAGCUUUAUUAGAAAUAUUUAGUAAUGCCUUUGAUAUCUUGUGUUACAGCAUUUAUAUUCAUUAUUAUUAUUAUGUGUCUGUCAUUGGUCAGAAUAAUAAAAUAAUUUUGCUAUGUA